UCAAACCCUAAAAAUUUAAUAAAACAAAAAGAAAGAGAGAGAGAGAUAGAAUGAACACACUUCCACAUACUUAACAAAGACUCUCCUUUAUCUUUCCAUCUCCACUCGGCUCUUUCAUUCUUUCUUUCUCUCUGCAACUCUCUCUUCUUGAUGUGAUUCUCCACCAUAUCUCUCUCAAAGAAAAAAAAAUAAAAAGCAGCAAAAAAAAAAAAAAACAACAACCCCUUAACCUUUACAAAAGAAAGAGAGGAUUAAAGCUUAAGCACCAUGGUCUUCUCAUCCAUUCCAGUUUAUCUAGAUCCACCCAACUGGGAGCAGCAGAAUCAGCAACCGGGAGCUGGCGGGGAAAACCCUCAACUUCCACUGCCACCUCCGCCUCCUGGAGGUGGCGGUGGCAGCUCUGGAGCAAUCAGGCCUGGUUCUAUGGCUGAACGAGCUAGACUGGCUAAGAUUCCACAACCUGAGACAGCCCUUAAAUGUCCGAGAUGUGAAUCAACAAAUACUAAAUUUUGUUACUUCAAUAAUUAUAGCCUUACUCAGCCUCGCCACUUUUGCAAGACUUGCAGGCGAUACUGGACCAGAGGAGGUGCACUAAGGAACGUACCAGUUGGUGGUGGAUGUAGAAGAAAUAAAAGGAGUAAAGGAAGCAGUAGAUCGAAAUCUCCAACUAAAGCUGGGUCUAGCUCCACUAGUGGACUUGUUUCUAAUAGUUGCACUACUGAUAUUAUAGGGCACAUGGUCCAUCCACCACCACAAUUGCCAAUCCUGCCGCCUUUACAUCAUCUUAGUAAAUAUAACUCCACGGAAAUCGGGCUAAAUUUCUUCGGAAUUCAGCCUCCAGUGGCGGCAAAAAGUGCUGGUGGUAUGGAGUUUCAGAUUGGAAGUACAAGUUCAGGUGGUGCUGGUGGGUCUUUAUUAUCUACUGGGCUUGUUGAUCAGUGGAGAUUGCAACAAGUGCAGCAAUUCCCCUUCUUUGCUAAUUUAGAACCACCAACUGGGUUGUAUCCAUAUGAAGGUGAAGGGAUUGAGCCACCAAAUUACGUUGGUCAGCUUCGGUUGUCUAAGCCAUUGGACAGUGGGGUUACUCAGUUGGCUUCAGUGAAAAUGGAAGACAAUCAAGGAUUGAAUUCGUCGAAGAAUUUUUUGGGUAUUUCAGGAAAUGAUCAAUAUUGGGGUGGCAAUGCAUGGACUGAUAUUCCUGGGUUCACUUCCUCUUCCACAAGCCAUCUCUUGUGAUCUUCAAGCCUCCACCCAAAAUCUUGGCGUUUUAUAAUUCACUUAAUUGAUACAGGUUCCACAAAAAGAUAAAUCGACUCACCAAAGACAAAGAUUUCCAAGCUUGACACUAACUUUGCAAGUUUCCAAUCGAUCCCAAGAGUCUAAAUUCAAGAAGAUGGUGAUAAAUGGAAGGCUAUGGAUGGAUGAAAGAACUUGCCUGGCUCUCUUUCUCAUGAUCUACUCAAAGUUAGAAAUGGUAGGCUUCUAGUCUUCGAAUUUAUUUGCUUGUUAUUUUGUAUGUUUACAGAAGUAGAGUUUAUAUGUAUUCAUGGAGUUGGAUAUAUCUGACAUGAAUGGCUUAUUUUACUAUAAAUUUGAUCAAUGCACUGUGCUAAAUGAUUUUCCUUGAAA